AAUGACUAGUUAUUAUUGGUAAUAAAUGACUGCUGAUAUUAAUAAAUAAUAGUAACAAUCAUGCGUUUCAGAAUAAAUUGAAGACAUUGUUAUUAUGUCGAUUAACGAUUCGACAUCUAGUAGCGAGUGGUUGACGAACAUGUGGAAGUUGUGCCCUGAGGAAUUUAUCCGGACCGAUGCGGUUCUUAAAAUAAUAUUGGAAAGGGGCAUCAAGGAUGGAACUUGCAUACAGACUUCAUUGGAAUCUGUAUUAAACUCUACAGACGCACCGAUUGAAUUAGCGAAAGCUGCGUCAGUAAUGAAUAUCACGGACAUUGCGCUUGAUUUAUCAUCAAAUGCCAUAGAGGUGGCUAAUUUGGCAAUUGAUUUAGCAAUGACGCCCAAUAAUUUGACCAUGGUCGAUGCGAUAACGAAAAUCACGUUUGAAAUCGCAGAGUCAUCAAUAACUACAGUUAGGCAAGCCCGGUUUACAUCACAAAACAGCAGACAAUCGCUUGGUGGCCACGGGCUGCAUGGUUAGACGUGUCUAUGAUUUUGAGAAGUGCAUUGUAAUUUUCUAAUGUCUACAUAAAAUGUGAUACUCUAUCUGUACAUUGCAACUAUUGAUAUACUUCCAUUAUACAUGUAUU